AUGGCCUCAAUCAUCGGACGCGCCGCCUUCCGCGCAACUCGCCCUCUCCGCGCCUCGGGCAUCAACGCUGGCUCCGAGAACGCUGCCUCUGCCGCCAGCCGCGAAGCCGACAAGAACGCCCUCAAGCAGGGCGCCCGCAAGGACCCCGAGCUCUACGCUUCGCAAUCAAACAGANUCCUGCUCACCAUCAUGUCCGGUGCCUUCGGUCUUGCUGGCUGGCACUUUUCGCGCAACCCCACCUCUUCCUCAUCCGAGAACCCCGUUAGCAAGGCUGUCGACUCCGAGCCCUGGAAGACCGGUGGUGAGGCCAAGUACCAGUACCACCCCGGCGGUGACACCAGCAAGCCUCGCAAGGACGCCCCCUCUGCUCUGAACGAGGUCAUUGUCCCCAACGUCAACCUGCCCAGAGUGAGUAGCUACCCACAUUCAUAUAUCGACUUCAGCAACGCUGAUAUCUUGACCAGGNAGCUUCACGAGAAGUACAACAAGUGGGGCAAGGAGGGCUACUAG